AUGAAGCUUGCGAGGGAAUCUGGAAAAGAGGAGGUAGCUAGUAAAGGUGGCCCCCAUCCGAUCGAUGAAAAUCUCGAGGGGAGGACGACUAGUGUGCCUCCUACCCCAGCCGACGACGAUCGACCCAGAGGAAGAGAAAACCUACUUAUAAGGGCAGCUAGCCGCCCGGUAAAGGCAGCAGCAGCACCCUCCUCCAACCAGCAGGAGCAGAGAAGAAGAAGCAAAGUGCGGGUCUUGCUCCUUGGCCGAAGCAGCGACCAACCUAGCUGCCGCAGCCCGGAGCACGCAGACGCCGUCGUCGAUCGCCGGGGUAUGGCGCCGGUGGGUCUGCCGCCGGGUUUCCGGUUCCACCCGACGGACGAGGAGCUGGUGAACUACUACCUGAAGCGCAAGAUCCACGGGCUCCACAUCGAGCUCGACAUCAUCCCGGAGGUGGACCUCUACAAGUGCGAGCCAUGGGACCUCGCAGAGAAGUCGUUGUUGCCGAGCCGUGACCCGGAGUGGUACUUCUUCGGGCCGAGGGACCGCAAGUACCCCAACGGCUUCCGGACCAACCGGGCGACGCGGGCAGGGUACUGGAAGUCCACCGGCAAGGACCGGCGCGUCAUGACGCAGCAGCACCACGGCGGCGGAGGAGCCGGCGGCGGCGCCCGGGCAAUCGGGAUGAAGAAGACGCUGGUAUACUACCGCGGACGCGCGCCGCAGGGGGUGCGCACCGAUUGGGUGAUGCACGAGUACCGCCUCGACGACAAGGACUCCGAGGACACCAUCGCCAUCCAGGAUACCUACGCGCUGUGCCGGGUCUUCAAGAAGAACGCCAUCUGCGCCGAGCGUAUUGCUGGGAGUUUGGGUAACCGAUCGAUCGAUGCUGGCCUCAAGAAUAUCACAUGCAAAGCACUAUAUCCUGUAAACAUGGAAAAUCCUAUGCAGCAGGAUCCGUUACAUGCUUGGAUUGCAAGGCAUGCAUCAGUACUGACGAAGAAGCUUAAUUGA